AAGUGGCUGGGACAGUAUUGUGGACCUGAUCUCAAGUAAAACUACUACAACUGAACAGAAUGGUCACGUCGGAGAGGAGGAUGAGAACAAAGAGAGGGGGAACUGGUCCAGUAAAACCGACUACAUGCUCUCCACCAUCGGCUACGCUGUGGGCCUUGGCAACAUCUGGAGGUUCCCCUAUCUGGCCUACAAGAACGGAGGAGGUGCGUUCCUGAUCCCGUACUUCCUCAUGUUGUUUCUGGCCGGGCUCCCUCUGUUCUUCAUGGAGAGUGCUCUGGGACAGUUCUGCAGCCAGGGCCCCAUCAACGUGUGGAGGGCCGUACCUCUGCUGCAGGGAGUGGGCGUUGCCAUGGUGCUCAUCACUUUGAUCGUGAGUUUCUAUUAUAACGUGAUCAUCGCCUACAGUCUGUUCUACAUGUUCGCCUCGUUCCAGUCGCCUCUGCCCUGGGCGCGCUGCUCCGGCUGGGGCUCGGACAACUGCACUGACCCACACACAGUGCUGUGUAACGUCAGUGGAGUCAUUGUGUCAAACUGGACCCAACAAAACAUGAGCUGUCCUCCUUCAGACCAGAUCCAAGUCCAGAGCCAGACUCCAAGUGAGCAGUACUGGGAUGAGGAGGCCCUGAGGAGAUCCAGUGGGAUGGAUGAGACGGGGACAGUGGUUUGGCAUCUGGCUCUGUGUCUGCUGCUCAGCUCCAUCAUCGUGGGAGCGGCUCUCAUCAAGGGAAUCAAAUCCUCGGGGAAGGUGGUGUACUUCACUGCGACUUUCCCCUAUGUGGUGAUCCUCAUCCUGCUGAUCCGUGGAGCCACACUAGAGGGCGCCAGAGAUGGCAUUGAGUAUUACAUUGGGACUCAGUCAAAUCUGACCAAACUGGCAGAUGCUCAGGUGUGGAAGGACGCAGCCACCCAAACCUUCUACUCGUUAUCGAUCGGAUGGGGUGGAGUCCUAACUCUGGCGUCUUAUAAUAAUUUCAACAACAACGUGUUCAAAGAUGCCUUCAUUGUGUGCUUCACUAAUGCAGGCACCAGUGUCUUCGCAGGAUUCGCCAUAUUCUCCAUCCUGGGUCACAUGGCUUUUGUUUACAAUAAACCUGUCGGAGAAGUCGUCAAAGAAGGUUUUGGUCUGGCGUUCAUUGCGUAUCCGGAUGCUCUGUCAAAGCUGCCCAUCUCCCCUCUGUGGUCGGUGUUGUUCUUCUUCAUGCUCCUGACUGUGGGGUUAGACUCACAGUUCGCUGGAAUAGAGGUGGUGAUCACUUGUGUGGUGGACGCCUGCCCUUCUCUGUUCAAUUCCAAACGAGCUCUUCUCACUUUGGCCAUCUCCUGCUCUGUGUUCCUGCUCGGCCUGCCCUGUGUCACCCAGGCAGGGAUCUACUGGGUCACCCUCAUCGACCAGUUCCUUGGGACUUGGGUGCUUCUGAUUGUGGGUUUUAUGGAAGUGGCUGCGGUCUCUUAUAUUUAUGGGGGAAACCGUUUUAUUAAAGACAUUGAGAUGAUGAUUGGAGACAAGACUUUUUGCUUCUGGUUAUGGUGGAGAGCCUGUUGGUUUUUCAUCAGCCCCUGCAUUAUUUUGGUGAUCCUAGUGUGGUCCCUCCUCACCUUCACCUCCCCCUCUUACGGGUCGGUGCCGUACCCGGACUGGGGCCUGGCUUUGGGCUGGUGCAUCGCUGUGUUUGUGCUCAUGUGGAUUCCUCUCAUCGCUCUCUACAAGUUUAUAAAGGCCCAGGGCUCAGUGUGGGAGCGUUUGAAAUCUCUGUGUCGUCCCACUGAAGACUGGCACCCGUAUCUAGAGAAGCACCGAGGAGAGAGGUACUCUGUGGAAAACCAAACCAACAAAUGUACAGAUACCUCCAGUGUCUCUGUGAUCUCCAGCUCGUGGCUUUGA